GCGCCUGCGCUCUGCAAACGCGGCGGUGGCAUUACCUGUGAGAUAGGCUGUCAGCUUAGCUGAUGGGCUUUGCUCCAGGGGUCUAGCUCCAUGAAUAACUUAAACGACCCCCCAAAUUGGAAUAUCCAGCCCAAUCCCAGGGCUGAUGGGGGUGACGGAAGCAAGUGGAAUUAUGCUCUGUUGGUGCCAAUGCUCGGAUUGGCAGCGUUUCGUUGGAUUUGGUCUAGGGAAUCCCAAAAAGAAAUAGAAAAAGCAAGAAGAGCAUAUCAUCAGCAAACAGCUGCUUUCCAGCAGGAUCUUGACGCUAAAUACCACGCUGUGAUCUCGGAACACCGGCGCGCUGUUGCUCAGCUCUCUUUGGAACUGGAAAAAGAGCAAAACAGAACAACCAGCUUUCGAGAAGCCCUUAUCUCUCAGGGGCGUAAGUUGGCAGAAGAAAAGAAGCUUCUUGAACAGGAACGGGCUCAGAUCAUACAAGAAAAAAGCCAGCGUCAGCCUCUGAGACGUGCCUAUUUGAGCUGCCUGGAAGAAGAGGAUGAGUGGCAGAGGAGAGCCCAGCUUGUGCUGAAGGAGGUGGGAGAAGCUCUCGAGGAACGCCAAAAUAUCUACUGUAGCCUGAUUCUUCCCCGUAGUGCACGGCAACAGCUAGAGAAGAGCUUACUGGUGCGCACAUCUGCUGAUCCAGUGGCUGCCGACCUAGAAAUGGCAACUGGCUUAUCUGACAUAUUUAAGCAUGAUAAGCAUUGUGGAGAUGUCUGGAACACCAACAAACGCCAAAAUGGGAAGCUCAUGUGGAUGUAUCUUAAAUAUUGGGAACUACUUGUUGAACUUAAAAAAUUUAAAAAAAUAGAGAAGGUCAUAUUAGGAAAAUCAGAAUGAAAUGAAACUCAAGGCCAGAAUGGGUCAUUCACCAUGGCAGUCUGCAUUCGGUCUCUGAUAUUUACUCUGUUCCUUUGCUACCAAAAGUGGCCCAGAACAGCUACCCUUUGUGAGAACUCAAGUCUUUCCACCUUUUGAGCAGUGCAGUAGGGCCUUAGCAGAUAAUGUUUUUUUAUAAUGCUAUGCAGCUAUUAGAGAUACUUUUUUUUUAAACAUUUUGAGCUGCUAAUAGUUAGCAAAACAAGCACAACUAUGCAUUUUAGUUCUAGGGGAAAGAAAAAUACAAUAUUACUCUAAGAAAUGUUCUGCAGUUUUAUCUCUCUAAUAAUUGUUCUCCCUUUUCUGAUUCCAUAAUAUAGUAGUUAUAUUACCAAGAUUUAUCUUUUUGGAACACCCACAUACACACAUACCAAAACAAAACAAAACAAAACAAAAAACACCACCAAAUAUUUCUUAUGCCCAGACAGUGCCCCAGUGAAUAUUUAGAAUUGAGCUGGUCAAUAAGCAUGUUAUUUAUUAGCAAUGAUAUGCAGUCAAUAUUAUUUGUCAUUUAAAAGUAAUAGUGUUGCUUUUUGUGUGACUCUUUACUAUUCUUUUGAGACAGUCUUACUGCAUAGCCCAGGUGGGCCUCAUAUGUGUAGUCUUCCUGCCUCAGGCUCCCAAGUGCUGUGAUUACAAGGGUGGAUUACACUAUUGGGUUGAUAAUUUUGCAUGUAUUGAUAAGUACUUAUAAUGCAUUUACAUACAGCUUAUAUGAGUUGACCCUUUGUACAUAACUCAUAUAAUCCUUACUCUGGUUUUAUGGGCUAAGUACUAUUAUCUUGUAAAUGGUAACUUUUCAAGAGACCCAGAUUCUAUGACUUGCCAUGGUUUCUAAGACUCCACCUAUAGUUGCCCUCAGGACUAGGAUUUAUGAUAGCAAGAAAGAUAAAAUCAGCAGAGAAUAGGCAUGCAGAAGAGUCUAGAGGGAGCCUGAUGGAGCCACCCAGGGUUACACUGUAGAAUCACAGGAAGCACUGUUCAGUUUAGGAGUAUUACUAGAAACAUGACAAGUUCCCAGGAGAGCUCACUGGGGACUAUCAGGAUUUUAGUAGAGGGAGGGCUAUUCAUGUGACCCUUCAUACAGUUCCAUUCCUACAGGAAGGCAAGUGCUAGAGAUCACUUGUAGUCUGUAAGCAGUCUACGUGUGGUGAGCCACUCUUGCUAGUUACUAGUCCUGGAAACUCCCAGCAUCUAGACUCCUGUGAACUAGCCGUGUGUGAGGAUGCACUCCGAAGUCUGUUAAGUGAGCUUUUCCACAGAGCCUUAUUUUACAGAGGGUGGGAUCUGGAGCCUCGAUAUGGAGAAAGCAAUUUGUCUAAGUCAUAGGUAGAAUUUUGUUGGAAUGGAUGUGAGCUGGGUGUCUGACUCACAGGUGUGGGACCCUGUGUGUGUGCGUUAUUUGUCAGUGGCCAUGAAGGAAGUGAAUAAAGUGGUCAGCUUGUGUUUAGAUCCUA